GCCUGAACUUGCCCUGUCUUGGACCUGCCAAAUUUCCCCACUCAUUUAUGGAUAUUGCAUCCCAAUUCCAUCAAUGCAUCAUCCUCCACCAUGAAAAAGAUUCACCAUAUCCCAUCUUUCUCACUCUUGUGGCUCUCAGCAAUUCCUACAAUCUAACUAACAACUCUAAAAAAGUCUAAACCCUAGACAAAUCCUCCUCUUUUCCCCCAAAUCUCACAUGGCUUUGUAACCCUAAUCACCAGAAUUCAAAAACCUAAAAUUCAAUGCCUUGUCUGUAACUCCCCCAAUAUAUAAACCCCACCCAAUCACAUCCAAACACAGAACAACAAUAAUAAUCAACCAAUCAAUCAAAAAUUCAAGAUCAAGAUGAUCAACUCAAGAAAACUAAUCAAAAUGGCAAGGAAAUGGCAGAAAUUCGCAGAGCUAGGAAGAAAACGUAUCUCAUUCCCGGAGAAGAUCGACGGAGCCGGCACAAGCGAUCAAUCCUCGGAAGUGGCGGAGAAGGGGCAUUUCACGGUGUAUACGGCCGACGGAGUUCGAUUCUCGUUCCCGAUCGCUUACCUCAGCAGCCCUAUUUUCAUGGAACUGCUGAGAAUGUCUGAGGAAGAAUUUGGGCAUCCCAGCAACGGACCAAUCACAUUGCCCUGUGAUUCGCAAUUGCUGAGCUACGCCGCGUCUUUGAUGCGAAACAAGGCAGCUAAAGAUGUGGAGAAAGCUUUGUUGCUGUCCAUGGCGGAUUGUAAAUGCUCAUCGUCUCACUAUUUGCAUCAACGACGAGAGCAAACAAGCCAUCACAUUUUGUUAUCUUGUUGCUGAGAUAUGUAACAGUAACAUUUUUUUAGAGAUUUUCGAAUUCUUAUUCAUUAAAAUGAAGGAAUUUAGAAAUUACAAUC